AUGGCCGACGUUGUUUAUUAUUUUGAGGCGAAAGAAGCAUUCGAAAUUGUCCGAUCAGUAUUUCUUACUCCUUUGAUGGACGAGCCAAGUACAUCGAGCUUUGCAUCAUUGGACAGUUGUUGUGAGGAUCUUGCAUAUCAAGGCACUUCCACUCGCUUUGCUUCAUUGCUAUCCCUUCCAUGUCGAUUCAAGGAGCAGAAGCCGGAUUCGGAUCAAGCCGAUUCUAUCUUGAAAUCAAUACCAGAAGGACUGCUGGAGGAGUUACUUUUGGCCGAUGAUGAGCAACUAUCUGAGUUUCGACAUCUUGCCAUUGAUGUCCUCGAGACGUUGUUGCCAUCAUGUAAUGCAACCACCCUCGAGGAGUUUUCUCAGCUCAUCCCCGCUCUUGUUCAUCGACUCAAAAUUGCGAAUAACGAUAUCGACGAACUGAACAGUAUUUCGAAAUGUAUAAUCUCGUUGUGCUUUGAUGGUGACUCUGCCAGCACAGAAUUUGUGCAAGAGACGGCUGAUGUAUUGAGUUCUUAUUGUGUAAGAAAUCCCAAGAAAUUUCCGUUUGACGAUCUCCUACAGCGACUGACUGAAUGUAUGCUGACUUUGCAGCACCACGGUGAAAAUUACGAGCUCGUGUCUAAGAGUUAUUCAUGGCCGAAAGAUAUCCGAACCUUGGUCAAAGCUUUUCUGAAAACGAGGACAGAAAUGCUCACAGACAACAUGAGAAUACAGGUGUUUAAGCUGGCAAAAGAAGUUUUAGAGACACUUGGAACGGACUGGUUUGCUCCGGACGUUAGUCUACUCGUGUUGCUUGUCCACCUCGUUGUUGUGCAGAUGCGAAUGUGUUUGGACAAGCCGGAGACUAUCAGUACAGAAAGCUUGGCUGUUUGCUACUUCAUAUUGGAGUCAGCUAUACGAUGUGCCGAAGAAUCCUCCUUUGUCGAAGAUGUUGCUGCUACACAAAUAGCCAAUUCAAUACAUGAAGCGGCAUUGUAUUCCAUACAGUAUUUGGUUGAGGCUAAGGAGCAAAAGGAGGAGUUAUCUGCUGAUGUGGAAAACGUCAUCUACAGAUUUGUUUGCUGUAUUCUUGCCAUUGGCGGUGCGCAGAUGCUACCGGAAUCGUUGAUGGAGAAGUGCUCAUCACAUAUGCUGGAAAUCUUUGAGAGAUCGGUCACUGAGAAAGAUUUCAAGAAAGCACGUUUGUUGUUACCUGUCCUCGAUACCUUGCCGCAGCUGCCAGACAAUCUAGUAACUUUGUUAGUGGACUUAGUAGUUUCACAAUAUCCUGGGGAUGAAUGGCGAGAAACUGCCGAAGAUGUAUGUGAUUCUCUGGAGUCCUUGUGCUCGAGAGUUGAUUAUUAUAGCAAAGAAACACUUAGGGAUGCUGUUUGUAAGAUCAAGAAUGUUUUACCCAAGUGCAGAUGGCUUUUGCUCCUAAAGUGUGCAUCGCGGAUCGCAUGCAUAGUACAGUGUGAGGUAGAAUCCGGCUGUGAAUAG